GGGAUAGCUGUGGCUUCAAGAUGGCGGCGCGCAGCUCGGGGCCCGGCACAGCCGGGGGGAGCCUGUUGUUGAAGCUUUAUUGUUCCUGCUGCUGCCGCGCCGCUCCCAAUAAAGCUGGUUCGCAUUAAAGCAGCGCGGCGGCUGGAGGAGGAAGAGGCCGGGAGACCACCGGAGCAAUGGAGCUUCCCAAUUACAGCAGGCAGUUGCUACAGCAGCUUUACUCGCUCUGCAAAGAGCAGCAGUUCUGCGACUGCACCAUCUUCAUUGGGCCUGUGCACUUCAGAGCGCACAAGCUUGUGCUGGCUGCUGCCAGCCUGCUCUUUAAGUCCUUGCUGGAUAGCACAGACACCAUCUCCAUUGAUGCGUCCGUGGUGGCUCCGGACGAGUUUGCUCUUCUGCUAGAAAUGGUGUAUACCGGCAAGCUACCGCUUGGCAAGCAUAACUUUACCAAAGUUAUCUCUGUGGCGGACAGUCUGCAGAUGUUUGAUGUGGCUGUUAGUUGCAAAAACUUUCUCAGUGACCUCAUCAGCUGCUCCACUCAGAAUCCGGUCGUGAGGGACAGCUCCAUUCAGACAGUCGAGUCCUCCAGAAAUAAUAUUGAGUCUAAUGAGCCACCCCAGGCUGAAAACCCUCCUGCUGAAGAUGCUCAGCUUUCUGAAAAGGCUUCAGCUUCUGUUGGCCCUGAAGAACCUGAAAUGGAGACAGUCACCUCCACUACAGCGCAAGAAACCGCCGUGACUCACACCUUGGGCCGUGAGGAGAUUCUGGAGGAGGAAACCCCGAUGGAUUCAAAAUCCCUCAAUGAGGAUUCAAAUGCCCAUGCUGACCACCAGUCCCCUGCCAGACAGGACAGCUGUGAGGAAGGGGAGGCUGCCAAGCCCGUGAAGGAGACAGAAACAAUUGGUGAUCUAGAAGCAGAGAGCAAAACCUGUAAGCUGGAUUUCCUGCUUCAGUACGAAGGUGUCUUCUCAGAGGCCCUUUCUGAUACCAAGACCGUGCUGAAGAGACUGGAUGAGUGCAGGGGAAUUGAAGGGUCUCAGAGAGAGAUGCUAGUGGCAUGCUUGGAAGAUGCGGAAGAACAGUCAGCGUUCAAGAGACUGCUCAGCAAAGUGAGGGACGAGCAGAGUCUGGAUGCUGAGACUGUUGUGUCUGUGCUGGAGCUGUUUCGAAACACGCAUCCCAAGAUAAAAACAGCGCUACUAGAGAGAGAGCAGGCCAGUGGAGAGACCCUGCAGCAAACAGGGAGCACAGAAGAGGGAAAGACCCUGUCUGCUCUAUUACUGGAAUACAGGGAAGAGCUGAUUCAGAGCAUAACACAGCUGAGCCCCAUCAUAGAGUUCCUCGAAUCAGGAGAGGAGGGAUUCCUGACUGGCUUGGAGAAGCGGGUGAUUCUGGAUUGCUGUGAAGGCAGCUCCCACAGGGAGGCAAUGGAGAAUCUGCUCAGGAAGGUGGUGGAAGAGAAGACCCUGAAAGCUGAGAGCUUGGUAAAACUCCUUGGGGCUGUAAAAGCAUCAUUCCCUGAUCUGCACCUUCUGCUAGACAAUUUGGUGGCAGCAGCAGUUGUGUCUGAUGGCACAGCCAGAUGGACCCCAGAGGAUUAUGGGACCCAACUGCUGAAACGAUACCAAGAAAACUUUGCAGAGCUCUUCAUGGACACGCAGAUGCUGCUGCGAGGGAUCUCAGCUGCACAAAACUUAGCUCCUGGAGAAAGGGAGGUAAUGGAACAGAUUGUGAAGAGGGAGACUGGCUCGAGGGGUUUCAGCUCACUGGUAUCUGCAGCACUGGAAGAACAAACUGUGUCGGUGACUGCCGUUUGGCAGCUGCUACUGGCAGCGCGAGAGGCAGAGCUUCCGCUGAACCUGCUCAUUGAGGAAAUCCGGAAGGAACCCGAUGCAGAGUUUUUCUUCCAAACAGUGGCCACCAGUGAAAGCACAGCCAUCGAGAUAAUACUGCGACACAGCAAGCUGAUCUCGGAGGCCAUCAAGCAGAGAGCUGGACUGGAGGGCUUGGCUCCGGGAGAAGUGGGCCUCACAGAGGCGGUGAAAGAGCUACUGAGUAUUUCUUCUCAGAAGGAGAGUUCAGAGGCCUCCUUGAAAGCAGCUCUGAGCACUGCACAGGAGAAGUCUGUACCUGCCAUCAAGAUCUGUCAGCUGUUAUGCACUGUUCAUGAGUCUUUCCCCGGCCUACAGCCAGUGAUGCAGGAGCUGGGGCAUGUGGGGCUCCUGACCGAGGGAAGUGGGGAGAAGGCUGGAAUCAGGAAGUGGAAGGUGAACAGUGAAUCCCAGAUUGAAGCUAUGGACAAGGAGGAGGAGAAGGCUGGGGGCGCAAGCGCCAAGGAGCAGAAGGAGCCCCAAGAGAAAGCUCCCGCCAAGAAGAACUUUGUCUGCAAGGCCUGUGAUAAGAGCUUCCAUUUCUACUGCCGUCUGAAGGUGCACAUGAAGCGGUGUCGCGUGGCCAAGGGGAAGCAAGUGCAGUGUAAAGAGUGCAGUGAGAUCAAGACCUCCAAGAAGGAGCUGGAAAAGCAUCAGCUGGAGGCCCACGGAGGGCCUGGAGCUGCAGGGACAGCCAAAAAGAAGAAGAAGCGGCUCCCAGUGACAUGUGACAUCUGUGGAAGAGAAUUUGCACAUGCCUCAGGAAUGCAGUACCAUAAGCUGACGGAGCACUUUGAUGAGAAGCCCUUCUCCUGCGAAGAAUGUGGUGCCAAGUUUGCAGCCAACUCCACCCUGAAGAACCAUCUGCGGCUGCACACCGGAGACCGCCCCUUCAUGUGCAAGCACUGCCUCAUGACCUUCACACAGGCCUCCGCCCUGGCCUAUCACACGAAGAAGAAGCACUCUGAGGGGAAGAUGUACGCCUGCCAGUACUGUGAUGCGGUAUUCGCCCAGUCCAUUGAGCUGUCUCGUCAUGUGAGGACUCACACCGGAGAUAAGCCAUAUGUCUGCAGGGAGUGUGGGAAAGGAUUCAGGCAGGCCAAUGGGCUCUCCAUCCAUCUGCGCACCUUCCACAAUAUUGAGGAUCCGUAUGAUUGCAAGAAAUGUCGGAUGAGCUUCCCCACCCUGCAGGAGCAUCGUAAGCACAUUCACGAGGUCCACUCCAGGGAGUACCAUCCUUGCACUACCUGUGGAAAAGUCUUCAGUGCUCCAUCCCUCCUGGAGCGCCACAUGGUGACCCAUGUUGGAGGGAAGCCGUUCAGCUGUGAGAUUUGUGACAAAGCCUAUCAGCAAUUGUCAGGGUUAUGGUAUCACAACCGCACCCAUCACCCUGAUGUCUUUGCAGCUCAGAAUCACCGCUCGUCCAAGUUCUCCUCCCUGCAGUGCAGUUCCUGUGACAAAACCUUCUCCAGCACUACUGCUCACAAGAGGCACGUCAAGGCAGAACAUGCGGAUGUGAAGUUUCACGAGUGUGAGAAGUGUAAGGAGCUCUUCCCCACGCUGGCUCUGCUGCAGGUCCAUGCCAAGUGCAGGCACUCAGGGACCCAACCAUUUCGCUGCUUGUACUGCGCGGCCUCCUUCCGCUUCCCGGGGGCCCUGCAGCACCAUGUCACCACCGAGCACUUUAAGCAGAUCGAGAGCACCUUCACCUGUGGGCUGUGUGGGGAGCUUUUCACUACUCGGGAGCAGCUGCAGAGUCACUACAGCGCUGAGCACCCAAAGGUGACGUUCACGGAAUGCCAGGCCACCGCUGCCCAGCUUGUGCAGGUGAUUCAGACAUCGGAGCAAGGAGAAGCAGCCGAGCAGAUGAUCACCUUGGACGAAGCCCAGCUUGCUGGCUCCCAAGUCUUUGUGACGUUGCCAGAUCCCCAAGCUAACCAAGCUGGCUCGGAGCUGGUGGCGGUGACUAUGGAGGACUUGUUUGAUGACAAAGUAACUCUGAUUUGUGAAGAGGCUAAGUGAGGCGUGGCUGAGAGCACUUGGAAGGGAAGCCACCGGGCUGGCUCGUCGGCUGUACGUGCCGAGGUGUGCUGCUCUGGCAGUGAGAUUGGGUUUUUUCCAGCAAAAAAACUGCCAGUGUGAGACUGGAAAAAGAAGUGACACACUGCAGGCACAGCACAUCUGAACGUGAGAGAUUGGCAGUACUCACUCUGCUUGGAAGUCAUGGAUCCAAGAUGGCGUCCUUCCCUAGCAGGGGCGGUGGGCAGCAGCUUUUGGUUCUGAGGGAGCGGGCCACAUGUCCCUUCCAGCCCAAGGAAAAUGGUUUGAGUCAUAGGAAAAGAGAGAGAUGGAGCACAGCUAAGCAAGGGGUCAGGGGGGAAACAGAAGAGUGAGACGGAGG